CCCUCCGUCUCUAGAGGAAUCCUAACCCGGAAACGCGGGCCUUGGAAUUUUUUAUUUUGCGUGCCAACAUCCUCCACAAAGGUGUCCUGUCAACAUGCGGGCACCUGACGGCGGAGGGCUUGUUGUGUGUGCACACAGUCACCGUCGCACACACAAGGUCGUUGUGACCUUUUCUGUGCUUGAGUUAAUCGGCAGUGCGAGGGCACACUUCACUCCUGCUUGUUUGUUUUCGCCCUGUGCUUUCUUAGUGGCGUGUAUUUUCAGUUACCUCUUCCCCUCUGUCACCGUUCGCCGCAGACCACAGAUAUGUACAAGCAGUGGUUGUGCAAACAUUGUUCCGGUUGUACGCUACUGAACCUCACAUGACCCACAGUUGUCAAUGCAAAACCUCCCCCGUGACGCUUUGUGAAGAGGGUAACACCUUGGUGUAUCCUCGUGUGUGUGUGGUGUCAAAAGCUUGUGUCAGACCUCAACCGUCUGUACAGCUGCUGCACGCCCAAUGGUUGUAAACACUCUGCGCCGCACAAUGCUACAACCACUGUGGUCUGGUUUCCCCCUGUGUGUUUGUGUGUGUGUGUGUGUACGUGUGUGUGUGUAUAUGUGUUGUUCCUUGUGUGUCUGUGUGCGUGUGUGCUUGUUUUUUCUCUUGUGUGUGUGUGUGUGUGUGUGUGUGUUUGCAUCCGUGUGCAUCUUUGUAUGCGUAUUGGUGCAUCUGUGUGUGUGUCCGUGCGUGUGUCCGUUUGUGUGUGUGUGUGUGUGUGUGUGUGUGUGUGUCCGUGUGUGUGUCUGUGUGCCAUGCCGUAGCCUCCCCAGUCUAGAGGACAUGGGCUCGUGGGCAAGGAGCUUUGAGAUGAUGAUGCGCUCCAUGGAGGGCCGGGAGUUCUUCCGGGAGUUCCUGCGCUCCGAGUACAGCGAGGAGAACCUGCUCUUCUGGCUGGCCUGCGAGGAGCUGAAGAAGGAAACCAACCCGGCCACCGUGGACGAGAAGGCCCGCAUCAUCUACGAGGACUACGUGUCCAUACUGUCCCCCAAAGAGGUGAGCUUGGACUCUCGCGUGAGGGAGGGCAUCAACCAGAGCCUGGCGGAGCCCAGCAACCUCAUGUACGAGGAGGCCCAGCUGCAGAUCUACACGCUGAUGCACCGGGACUCCUUCCCCCGCUUCCUCAACUCCUCCGUUUACAGAGAGCUCCUGGCCACCAGGAGGCGCACCUGCCUGGACACCUAGACAGGGCCAGCGCACACUCCCAGCCGCAACCUAUGCCAACGAGACUACUGCUACCACUCAACACUUCACGUACUGCGACGGUGCCGGAAGCUCGGGUUAGGAACGUUCUCCCUCUUCUUUGGUUGACAUGACAUGAUGAUGAUAACAGAGGAUCUCUAUUGUUUUUUUUGUGUUAUUUUUUGUUUUUGUUUAAUUUAUAUAUUUUUUGACCAGUUGUUUUGCUGGAGUGAGGUGGGCCUCUGCUGGUUUUGUCAUUGGGCAAUAAGGGUCCUCAUGCCGGCGCCUGAUUGGUUGACUCAUCACUCACGCUGGUCCAUGUUUGGGCUUCGGGCCGACCUGUGUGUCACCGACGGGUCGAAUGGCGAAGCCGACGUGUGACUUUGGUUGGACGGUGGACGAGGACUCCUACAGCGGUGGGGGGGCGACGGACACACGGGAAGAACAUGCCGCCAUCCCCGUACUGUACUGUCAUCAAAGCUAAUGUUCUCCUCCUGUUCUGUUAUGGUUUUCUGAGGGCUCGCCAGCCCACUUCACCAGUAGAAGCACCGGCCUCUACACGAAGUCUGAGGAUCGGUCUCUCUCUCUCUCUCUCUCUCUCUCUCUCUCUCUCUCUCUCUCUCUCUCUCUCUCUCUCUCUCUCUCUCUCUCUCUCUCUCUCUCUCUCUCUCUCUCUCUCUCUCUCUCUCUCUCUCUCUCUCUCUCUCUCUCUCUCUCUCUCUCUCUCUCUCUCUCUCUCUCUCUCUCUCUCUCUCUCUCUCUCGUAGCUUGACAUUAUCAGCCUGCAACUGUUAUUGUGUUUUUUGUUUUGUCGGAGCUUCUUUCAAAGGUAGCGAUGCGUCCUCUGACACAGGGUGCCGGUGACUCUGAGCCUGGCCGUCCGUGUUGGGGGGGGGGGGGGAAAGAGGGGUGGAUGAUUUAGCCAACGCGCUUAGCUCAAUGCGACUUUAUUUAUGGCGGCGGGUCAGAGAGCCCUCUGCGGCCCCAGCAGCACUGGAGCAUCCACGCCUACCGCUCACCCAUUCGCUCCAUGUAUCCGUCCAGGCACUUUUCCAUUCUUUUGCGGACUGCUCUGAACCGGGAGAAGUGAGGGCUAGAGCUGUGGUGGUGGAGCAGCCACCUGUAUUAUUUUUACUCUCUCGAACUCGACAACAAGAAAGAAACGAUUUUUCCUCUCAGUACAAAAAAAUGAAAUCCACAAUGCCUAUAUGAGGGGGGGUUCAGGUGUGUGUGUGUGUGUAUGGGCGGGGGUGCUGCCCCCCGAUUACCCCUACCUCCCCGUCUCCUCUGCCCUUCCUCCUCCUCCUACUCAUCCUCUGCGCAAGAUCCUCACAGCCCAUCAAGCACAGUCCCCCCCCCCCCUCUAUCUCAAGAGGUCAUCUCAGCUGGAGGAGUGUACAACAAAAUGGAAAAUUUAGCUGCCAUUUCCAUUGUCACUUCCCUGAGAAGAUGUUGAGCCUUGUUUCACGGCUGAGCUCUGGGAUGCUGAACGAGGCUGUACGGGUGUGGGUGGGAGCCAGUGGUCUCGGGGGGGACCCCACAGAGGGCCCCCCCAGCAGAUUCCUACUACCUUGUGACCCACAUAUGUUGAGGGGUUAUGGUUGCCGCGGCCCUUGGGCCCAGGUGUGUGGGCGUUUUCUGAUUGGUCGCUCAGUCCGGGCUGCUAGUGGUUGGCAGGACAAGUGCCGAUUCAGAGAAGUUUUGGGGAUUGGGGGUCUUCAGAGACCCUUGUAGCAGACCCCCACGAUGGUGUGGCAGAGGCUCGACCACGAUACUCUGGAUAACAACGUCAUUCAGGUGCACGUCUGAAACCAGCAGAUGAAGCUGCCUGGGACGGGGGAGGGACGGGGGAGGGACAGGGGAGGGACGGGGGAGAAAAAAGAUGUAGCAGUCCCUCUGUGAAAUGCCAACUCAAGUCGCUCUGUUUCUUCUUUCCUUUACGCUAGGCCUGACGGAGAGGGACGGCCUAAACACGAUGACAUGUCGGACAUACUGUACUGGGUAUUGAAUUAGCAUCUACAUGCUAGUUUGGUUGUUUGGUUUCGACGAGGCUAACUCGUUUUUCAGCAUGCUGUAGGCUAGCGGUUAGCAUGCCUGUGCUAGUCAGACUAAUAGUCCAUUUCUACAGCCAGCCCUCUCUGGAGAGGCUGUUGUUGUUUUCCUAAUUUGACAUUGCCAGCAUGCGUUGAUAGUGGCUGUGUGUGUGUGUAUGGUGAAGUUACACACUCUCAUCAAAAAAAUACACACAAUUUAGUGGAUCUUGCCAAAUUUCCAAUUAACCUUUUCAAAACAUAUGUUAAGAUGUGAACCUUUUGAACGUAACCUUUGACCCUGGCCUGCGGAUGUGCGGUAGGAAGUGCACGAGCACAGUAUAUGUAUUUUUAUUUUUCUCAAGAGGCCUCAAAGCAGAUGAGUCAUGUUGUGUUCUGGACGGCUAAUGGCGGUUAGGGCAGGUCUUAAGUGUCAAUAAAACGGUGCCACUCCUGAGCGAUGCGUACAUGCGUCCACGUUGCCACCUCCUUAAACUACCUGAAGUUCACGUGCCAAGCCUGCUCUAGACCUAAAGUACCGCAGCGUCUCCUCAGCCCACCGGACCGCAACUCGAUCAAAUCUAGGGGCUAAAUGGGAAUCUCCAUUAUUUUUUUCUCGUUUCCACAAGAUACAUUUUCUGGAUCCACAUUCAUUUUUGUUAAACGGAUAAUUCAUAAUAUGUUAGAUUUAUUAUGUCUGUUUUUGGGAGAUUUGAUGGGUCUGAAAAGCCUCCUGCAUUUUCCAAUUGUCUCGAAGUUAGUGCAUUUAACCAAAGCAAAUGCUAGUACCUUAGAAACCGUUAGCAUAUCUGUUGAUAACUGAAUUGAUACCUUUUAAAAAGGUAUCAACGUUAUUAUCGUACCUUAUUUGCCUCCACUUUAGUUUCUACUAAUUAUAAAAAAAAAUGAAAAAUGUCAGCUGCUAUUUAAUAUUAAAUAUACAACAAUAUAUAUUAUAACAAUAAUAAAAUACUUUAUUGCUCGAAAUUAUUCAGACAUUAGACAUGAUCAAAUCCCAAGGCCAUCCUUGGUAAUAAUAACAGCCUACAUUACAGAAGGGCUCGACAAACUAUGCUUGGUUCAAUGAAAGACGCGAGGCUACUUAAUGUAGAGCUGCAUGCAUGUGCCCUGCCAUUUGAAGAGCUAGAAGAAUACAUUUAUUAGAAUAAAUACAUUGAUGGCUAAACUCCACCACAGUCGUUUCUGGCAAUACAAGCAUUUGAGUUGUGUUACUCUGAGUUUCUCAACACGACAACUCUGUAUUGUUUAGUAUCUAACAGAAACUGUUAUUUCAGAAGUUCCCCUUCAGACAAAUCCCUUCUCUGCAUGGUGGCGAGGCUGUAUGUAAGAAUUAAAAUGAGAAUGUUUCACCAACAACCAGACAAUGAAAUCAAGGUGCAGUUAUACCGAGUUUACAUUUAUAAGCAGUGAGAUGUAUGUAUACCUUAAUGAUGUUUUGAACAUUUGGGAGCAGGCCGUCUCCGGUGAACACAGACCGGCUCACUCUGGUCUCCUUCUGGGCUCUGACUCAGUCUCCCAUUAAAGACUCUUUUACAGCGAGGACGAACCUGUCCCACACUUCUGCUGAGGUACACCCCCAUCGCUCACUGUCAUGGUGAGAUUCUCCGAACGUGGGCCAAAACACAAGGUUCCUCAUAUUUCUUUAAAAAAUAAGUUGGCAUUCAAAAUGUCAAUUUUUACAAAGCAAUGAGGACGGUGUGAAGUUAUUCAGUGUCGUGAUCAUCGUUUUUCAUACAACUUACAAAAGCUUCAGAGUGAAUGGGUUUUGGCGGCUGUGAUUUUAUUGAGCUAAAACGGCAGAGAACUGAGCGCUUCUGACGACCCAUGGGUUGGCUUAGCUGUGGGCCAAUUUCAUUUUUAUUUUUUAUUUUUUACAAAUAUACAUCUUUGUAGGCUUUUCACUACCUCUCAUGUUGGUUAAUUUAUUUCACAUCUAGUUUUCAAUGUACAAGUUGUUUUAGACCUACUUGAAGCCUAACACUGUAAACAAAAUGUGCACAGAGAAAUGAACAUGUAUUUGAUAGGAGUUAAACAGAGCUUAGCCUAGUCUACAUAGUUUUCGUUUGUACCUUUUGUGUGGUUUGGUUUUGCGUUGUGUUGAGCCGAACUAGAGUUUUAAAUCUCUAUUAAAAAAAACAAUUCAGGAAUUUCACUGUCUAAGGGCUAAUCCCAUUUUUGCCUAUGCAAAUCUGUUACUGUGUGCGCGUUGGGGGGGGCCCAGCGGCCCACCCAUCACAUGUGCUCAUUGGACCCUGGUUUACAUUGCCCUGCUGAAUCUUCAAUCUUAUUCAGCAAAAUAUAUACGCCUAUUUCUGUUCUUUGUUAAUAGUCUCUCUCCCCUCUUUCUCUCUCUCUCGCUCUCUCUCCCUCCCUUUAUUUAUAUAUAUAUAUAUAUAUAUAUACACAGAAAAAAACACUUAUAUGCAUAUAUAUGACAAGUAAUAUACAGAGAAAAUAGUAUAUGCCUUCGUGAUGGUAACAAAAAAAACUUGCUGAAAACAAAUAAAUGUGUGUUGACAUUCCGGUGCUGUGCGUCCCGGAUUGGGUGAGGUGUUCAUUGGAGUCUGAACCCGACGUUUACUGACUGUUGUUUGGGACUGACUGAAAUACCCGGUGUGUGUGUGUGUGUGUGUGUGUGUGUGUGUGUGUGUGUGUGUGUGUGUGUGUGUGUGUGUGUGUGUGUGUGUGUGUGUGUGUGUGUGUGUGUGUGUGUGUGUGUGUGUGUGUGUGUGUGUGUGUGUGUGUAUGUAUGUACCGGUGGGUUUCUUGAUUCCAGAGGGAAAUUAUCAAUGAUUUGUGUUUCAAUUGAGUGAAUUGAAAUGUGAUUUGAUUAUGGCUGCUGUUACCUCAGAAAUUGGAUUGAUUACUAAAUUGAGAUAUGAUGGCAUUUACUUGGUCAAGACAGGGAUUUGGUUAUAUUAUAUAUGCUCCAAUGAGUCACGUCUCUGCUGUUGAAUGGAGGAUAAAAACUUGUCAAAAAUAAAUUGGUGCAGCUUAGUCAUCAGCAUAAUCAUGGCAAUCUUCUGCAUUUCUUAAACCUGCACUGGAACUUUUUCACAGAGGCAAAUAUAGUUCUAAGGUUUAAUCUUUCCUCGUUCCACUGUCUUCUCAAUAAAAACCUCACAUCAGGUGGUUGCAGCGUCGGUGUAGAGAUGGAGUCCUACCGUACUGGACUCUCAGUACAACCAGGACAAACUAAAAGUCCUCAUUUGUCAAAAGACCAUUCACUCCGCAUUUUAACCAAAUCUGUGUCCAGUGUGAUGUUGGUUUUCAAGAACAGAACGCCAAUCGAACCUCUUAGUAAGUAUAAAUGUGUUGGUCGAUUUGGUGUGUGCUCAUAGGAGCCGACCUCGAGAAAACAACCCUUUCUCCCCUCUCUCUCUCCAUCUGUCUCUCUCUCCCCCUCGGUCGGUCAUGCCCUGUCACCCAGACCCUCUCAUAGCCAAGAUGGCGCUGGGUUGUUAUACUUCAUAACUGCUGUCUCUCACUCGGUCUGUGGUCCUGCAUCUAGGGGCCGUCUUGGUAUUUUAGCAAAGAGUUUAUAUUUGUACAGGUACUGAUUGAAGUUGGCGUUCGACCUAUUGAACAGUUUCAGGCAAUCACUAUCCUCUUUAUUGAUUUAGAUGCCUAAACCUCUGGUUUCUGCCUUUUGUAAAUGUCGGCUUCAACGAGAGAUGUUCCAUUGAUGAAAUUAUAUCAUUUUAACGUCACUUCAAAUUUCCAAGUGGCAUAUUUUCUAUACAGCAUGCUUUUUGCUAAGUAAACAAAAUAAUGAUUCUGUUAUUUAAUAUAAACGAUACUGUAUGAGUAUGUAUUCAAGUACUGCAGUAUGCAGACAAUAAAAAAAAAAGAUCUGAAACUCUUUUAGGAGGUUCAUAUUUUGACUCUAGUAAUAUCUUAUUUCAUUUCUGUGUAGUGUCUCAUGAAUGGUCUGAAUUGUGCAGCGUUUUUGUUCAUCCACAACAACAACAACUGAAGCCGGUAUCGUGGAUAAUGCCGCCGCCAAAUGCAUGUGAGCAACUUCAAAAGCACAGCGCUAGUUGUGCUACAUGUUCAACCAAACUCUCCAUUUGUCCUGGACUCGAUGUGUAAUGUCUUAUGAAUAUGAAGCCUGGCUCUGUGACUUAGGGUAACACAAGGACUUCUUAGAAAAGGUGCCGUUGGAUUUCUGUGGCUGGACGUUCGAUGACACAUGACAGGGCUUCGGAGAACUCCAGGCACUCUUUGUAGAGCGUAUGAAGCGCUCAUUGUUUGUAUUCAUUUAUUUCAAGACGGAAACUUUAACCAUAUGUUGUGAUCUAGACCUGGUUCUGGAAGUGUAAAUGAUAUGAUACGGAGAUGACCUCUUCUACAGAUUAAAGCCAAUCACUCCAAUAUUUGGGGUUGCGGAAGGAGAGGAGGGAGAAUGAUUUAGAUCAUAUAUAUAUAUAUAUAUAUAUAGAGAGAGAGAUAUGAAUAUAUAUGUUAAUGUAGCCUCCAAAUGCUAUUGUUAAUAUGCUUUGACAUGAAUAUCUGAAAGAAUAAUAUGUGAAGUUGCACUGUGGAUGCACACACACACACACACACACACACACACACACACACACACACACACACACACACACACACACACACACACACACACACACACACACACACACGACCCCUCUUCCCGUCAACGUAAAAAAUAAAUAGCCUUGUCUUGAACGGUUCUUCAAGGUGCAGUGUGUAGAAUUCAGUGGUACUGUGCGGAAUGGGAAAAACUGAAUGUAAUCUUCAGAAGUAUGUUUUCAUUUUAGUUUAAUCCCAUGAAAAUAACAGAUAACCCUCUUCCACAGUGAUCUCCAACUCCCAUCUUAUGAUUGGUCGAAGCACUUAUUAAAAGAAAGAAGGCAAAACGCCUUGUUCACCAAGAAUUUAGCUUUUCUGCCCCCGUUAUAUCGCAAUCAUUUAAUGAGAUCAUUGGUAAGAACUUGCUGGCACCUUAUUGUCCAGUACAGGCUGCUGUAGCUUUUCCUGCUCUGUGGAAAGGGGGACUUAGGGGACAUAUACAGUUGGUUGCAAUCUGCAACCUCACCAUUAGAGGCCACUUGAUCCUACACACAUCACCUUUAAGUCUCUUCUAUGAGGACGAACGGUUUUGCUUCAAAUUUCCAGGGAAAAUAAGCAACAUUACAUAAAGAGCACUUGUUUGUGUAAAUGGAAGCGUGUUAACCGAAUUUAGCACCUUGUGUUUGUGGUCGCUGGGUGUUUGGUGAGCAGAAACACAUGUCUCCUCAACAAAAGCGAAAAAAGAUAUAUGUAUAAAUGUAUAGAAGUAAGAUUACAGUAAAGUCCAGCAUGAUUUUCGGUGAAGCUGCAACAAAAAAAGUAAUCGUUCUUGCAAGUAUGGUAAAAUACAAUGCACAUUUCCAUCAUCAUGUAUGGCCAAAUUGACCUUUCCUCUGCAUUCACAUAAAAGGUUAGAAUUGCCUGGAUAUGAAAUGUCACACAACCGAAAUAAACUAAACGCAAAAAAAACAUGAUUUUCUUUAUAAUUUGUUUUGCCCUUAUCUUUCAUUGGUUCUCAUGUUGAAGAAUAAAUCCACCUUAGGUCAACUGUCAUUUGUUCCAACUUUUCUUUUUUUCAUUGAGUUUGAAAUACAAGUGAAGCCUGCAGUAUCAUCCACACAAUAAGAGAAGCCAUGCAUCUGUAAAGUAGCACUGAAAAUGUGGAAGCAGAUGUGUUGUUGGAACAAAGAACGCUAGCUCACAAGACCACCGGACCACUAGGUGGGAGACAACUAGCCAUGUCGGGUUCAACUGAAAUUAUAACUUUCAUAUUUAAAAAAUAUCAUGCGUUUUUCACCGUUGUUGUCGUUUUCAAUUGUUUUCUAUUCCGUUUGAAAAGUAAAUAUGUUUAAUUUGUCUUUAUUUUAUCCACACUAAAAAACGGAGUGUUCUUCAUGGGCCUUGUAUUGGUUAACCCUCAGCAUCAUGUUUGAAUGAGUUCAGCUGUGGUACAUUUCACUGUAUAGAUCCAUCUCUGUCAUCGUUUACAUGGAACCGGCAUAUGAGAAUAUUCCUGGUGACUGCCCUGAGUAUCUGUAAUUAAAGUGGGCUGCUACAGAAAGACAUUUAAUGUAACAUCUUAUAAUAAAUACAUAAUAGUUUCUUUUUC